GGUUUCUCGUAAUCAUCAUCUACCUACGCAGGCGCAUCAUCCAGCAUUUACAUCGAUACGACUUGUAACGUGGGUAGCACAGCAUUAGGACAAAGAACCUUUCAACAUCUUGUUCUGCAACCCGAAUAUGGAUUAACGCACUUUGUGAAGACAAUGGGUAUUCACAUAAGUCACAUUCACUUUGGGCAAGCUGUAGAGCCGACGUCGCGUUGGGUGUACCGAGUUUUCGUUCUAGCUCUGCGCUAGUUCUUGUUACACCCCGGCCACUCGUCACGCCUGCCAUCCACGAUACCCAAACAGACUGCGUCCUCACUUGUUCAAGAUAACCAAGAGACCUCACGUGUGCAGAAAGCCGUAGUUAUUAGUCAUGCCAGGAUGCGCACCCGUGACUGACGCCGCGCCACACCAAGACGCUACCCUCAGCAAGGUGUCUCUUGCAACUAAUAGUACCCUUCAAGGACCUGUCUCGAACGAAACAUCUCCGCCAAAAAACGAACCUUCCGGGACAGCUUCAGAGUCGUUCGAGCAAGAUUCUACUCGAUUGCAAAACUACCCGGCAAUCCAAUCGAAGGCUGUGGUUGCGUCUUCCAAUUUCGUCUGGUAUCGCAGCGCCGCUAUACAAACACUACCACCUAGCAAUGCGGAAGAAUUCGAGAAGAUCUAUGGCCGUCAGCCCACAAACCAAGAGCUUGUCAGCAAGGUCGGCAGCGCCGCAAUCGGUCAUUAUGUGCCGGGACUGUCAUCUAACCCUCACGAUAUCGUUUCCAGUAAGCCAUUCGCCAUCACGACUGUCCCAGAACGAACUCCAAACUAUGCAGACUCUUCCUUCCAGACCAGUGACGUUGCACAAUGUAACAAGGCUUUGUUGCGGGCAAAGGUGAAGGCGUCGCUUUUGGUCAACAAACAGCGUGACGGUGCUCGAGCUGCAGGGUUCAGAGUGUGUUCUGAAACAAGAGACGAGUACAUCGUACAUUCAGAGCAGCUACCGAUCAACCUUCAAUUUGACACCAAAGGUAACGCAAUCGGUACGAACGUUGAUGGCUACUCACUGCCCAAUAUCUACGGUGAAGAAAUCAGCAUCGGCAGGGAAGCCAAAGACUACACCUCGAGCGCUGUUAUGACUUUCACCCCGCUGCCUACGCCACUGCCACCGCCAGUCCAUGAUUCCGUCACCGAGAUGAGCACUCCUCAGCGCAUUCGUGCUCUCGAGCCUCACGUACCGAGCGACAAGUCCGAUCCGCCACCAAUCGAAUGGUACGGCUAUAUCGAGCGCAUCCCGAUACAAGAUACCGUGAGGAUCGAUGGUGGAGAAGUUGAACUGGCAAAGCCUAUUGGUUCGAGGUUGAGCGACCAGAAAGCCGCAAGAGAGGAGCGGGAUAGAUUGGGCGAGGUAAGAAAGAGUGAAGAGACCAUGUUGGUCAUAGGCGGCGAGAGGUUCGCAGACAAAUACAUCGUGUAUGACGCAACAGCGCCAAAUCAUCCGAGUUCUUCAACGACAUCUGAUGCAAACUCUGAUAUGAGCAAGAAGAGAAUCUUAGAGGACGAGUGGGAGAUGAAGAUGUCCACAAGCUCACCUAAACGCACAAAAGCUUCGCCCAAACUUACGAGUUGUUUAGACCUCUCAACGAGUUCCCCUGGAGACUGCUUGGCUCGACAUCAAGGCCGAUUCGCUGAGAGAAACGACGCAAAGGGUUCUCAUAUUGACUAUAGGGAGAUUGGUGAAGAAGAGACACCACACAGGGCUCAUGAGGACAAAGCAGGCGCCAGAGGCGAGCAGAGUGAUGCUAACACAUCAGCCCAACGUGGGUUCAGACGUCGAAGUCGCUCUCAUGGCGGGGGCCACGUCGUUCGUUGUGAAUCCAGAAGCAGCGUUGAACGUCAAUCUGAGGACCCAUACGAGGAAGAAGGGCAACGCCAUAACGCGGCACACAAAAGAGAAGAUGACUCACGAACACAUUGUAGAUCUUCGGGUAAGCAGAGUCGACUGGAAGACGGCAAGGAGAGUAACGGACAACACGGGGGCGUGACUAGGAUAUUAUCAGCGCGCAAGCAGGAAGAUAACCGCCGAGUGCAGCGCGCGCAGCGCAUCGAAGGGGAAGGCCCUGCGGAAACCCAGAAACAGGAGGAAUCAGAAAUUCAGCGCGCGCGUACAGCCAAGAACCAACGGAAGCUGGAGAUCGAAGAGAGAAAGCGAGCGCAAGAAGCCGAUCGACAACGUCAGCAAGAGAAAGACAGAGACCGACGCCACCGACAUGACGACUCACACGACAAGAGUAAGAAAGCACGCCGACAGACAGCGAAGCAGGACGUAGAGCCGCCUGGGCCGAUCGAUCCAUAUGCAGCGGCACGACAGGCUGAGGCAAAGCGGAGAGAGCUUGUAUUUGCAGCGCGUGGAGCCGAAGAGGCUGAUAGUCGUACGCGCGAGCGGCCUCCUGCUCGCGACGAAGGUCCAGGUAGACUUGAUGCGGAGCGAUCGAAGCCAGAAAAGACGGUUGGAGAGAAGAAGGCCACUAAGACGAGACGGAGUCGGACUGCGAGAGGUGAACUCGAGCGGUAUGAUCCGAGGAAGAAGUUUGGAGGUGGCAAGUAGACACGUUGGAUAAGGCUGCGGAUGGCUGGAAGCUAGGAUAUCUCCAUACACACGAAUUAUUCUGAUGCACUAAAAUCUAGGUGCCAUGUCAACUCUCCUUCUAGAUUACUGACCUACAUUGCCAUGCUGUAGUUGUUCGUUACGGUAUCUAGGGGCGAUGCGUCGAUAUGUAGCAAUGAGAGGAGCACAAAUUAUGUAAUGAAUUCUAUAUCUGCGAAGAGAACAAGAUGUAAACAUAUGAGGUAGUUGCCGCAA